GUUUAGUGUCUGAGUUUAGUGAAUGUAGAAGCUAGGAGUGUGUGAGAAGUGGAUCCGUGUUUUAUGGUUUUUUUUAUUCUUGAAUUAUCCAUUAAUAUAUACGAGUGGAAAGCGUCUAUUUGGAUUAUUUCUUACAUAGGACGACACGAACAUGGGGUGGUGAACAUGUGGGAGUGAUUCUCGGUGGAUUUAAAAAAUAUUUAUUUAUUUAUUCUUUAUUUUAUUUUCCUUAGUGGACUCGUUUAAGUUACCGUGGGAAAGCCGCGGCACACGCUGGCCUGAAAGAUGGACCAAGCGAAUAUUCUGAGGAAGUUCAUUCAAGGGGUUCAUGCCAUGCGAACCGGGGACCAGAGAGGAGAGGAUAACUUCGGCAGUGACUUCAUGAGAUUACGAAGACUAUCAACCAAGUACAGAACAGAGAAAAUCUAUCCUACAAACGUCGGAGAGAAAGAAGAGAAUGUGAAAAAGAACAGAUAUAAAGACAUAUUGCCAUUUGACCACACCCGGGUGAAGGUGUCGUUGAAAACCUCCAAUCUGGACACGGAUUACAUCAACGCAAAUUUCAUCAAGGGCAUCGACGGGCCCGAGGCCUACAUUGCCACGCAGGGCCCGCUCCCCAACACCGUCAUCGACUUCUGGAGGAUGAACUGGGAGUACCAUGUAGCGGUAAUCGUGAUGGCCUGUCGAGAGUUCGAGAUGGGAAGGAAAAAGUGUGAGCGGUACUUUCCCCUGUUCGGCGAUGACCCGCUGUCUUUCGGACCAUUCCGGAUCUCCUGUGAAUCGGAACAGGCCAGGACAGACUUUUUCAUGAGGACACUGACGGUGGAGCAUCAGGAUGAGACGCGCAGAAUAACGCAGUUUCACUAUAUCAACUGGCCCGACCACGACGUCCCCUCCUCCUUCGACUCCAUCCUGGACAUGAUCGGCCUCAUGAGGGAGUACCAGGAACACGACGACGUGCCCAUCUGUGUGCACUGCAGUGCGGGCUGUGGGCGGACCGGGGCCAUCUGUGCCAUAGACUACACGUGGAACCUGCUUAAAGCUGGGAAGAUUCCAGAAGACUUCAACGUAUUCCGGCUGAUUCAGGAGAUGAGGACACAAAGGCAUUCGGCCGUACAGACCAAGGAGCAGUACGAGCUGGUGCACAGGGCCAUUGCCCAGCUCUUUGAGAAGCAGCUGCAGCACCUUGAAAGCCCCACCAAUUCAGAGAUCACUGAUAACAUGGAUGAAGGAAGCCCGGAGAAAGCCGACCAAAACUCAGACGAGGAGAGAUGGGACACCCCUCCUCCCAAGCCACCCCGGAUCCGCAGCAGUGGGCAGGUGGAAGGGGACGUUAAAGAGGAGAUCCUGCAGCCCCCGGAGCCCCGGCCGGUCCCGCCCAUCCUGACCCCGUCCCCGCCCUCGGCCUUCCCCACCGUCACCAACGUGCGGCAGGACAACGACCGCUACCACCCCAAGCCCGUGCUGCACGUGAUGGCGUCCUCGGGACACAACCCCGACCUGGACGAGAACUACAACAAGGCCCCGCCGCCCGAGGGCGGCACGGGGGGCCCCUCCCCCGGCGAGGACCCGGAGCGCAGGCUGGAGCGCAAGCUGAGCAUCGAGAUCAAGAAGGUGCCCCUGCAGGAGGGGCCCCGCAGCUUCGAGGCGAACAGCGUCCUGCAGCGCAGCCGCGCCUUCAAGGACAAGUCCCGCGCCAGCAGCAGCUCCCUGAGCGAGGACUCAGGCCCCGACUGCCCCGCGCCGGCCGAGGGCGAGGCCCCGCCCCCGCGGCCCAACCACCUCCCCCUGCGCGACAAGGGCCAGGCCGCCUGGUCCCGCCCGCCCCGCGCGGAGCGCGCGCCCUCGCCCUCGCUGGGGCCCGCCCCCCGGACUGCGCUGAGCUUCACCAACCCGCUGCACUCGGAGAACUCUGAUUCGGAGGGCGAGGGCCGCGGCGGGGCCUCCUGGGGGCCCGGCGGGAAGACCAGCGUCUCCACGGCGUGCGGCACCGUGCUGGCCCUCUCCCCUGGUGAGCCCCACCCCGCCAGGAAGGUGUCCUCCAUGUCCAUCGCCGGGCGGGCCUCGCCCCUGGCCGCGGCACCAAACUGUGACGAGGCUGAAGACUCCCCUCCCCCACUGCCCGCCAGAACCCCAGAGUCCUUCUGUCUCGCCUCAGAAGACUCGUCGGGCCAGAAGGCCUCGGGGUCGGGGAGCUCAGCGGAGUGGAGCGACUCUCCGGAUCGCCUGGGAACGGGGGCCGAGUCUCCCCAGGAGGGGACGCCCCACAGGAGCGCCGAAAACGGUUUUGUGAAGCCUGUGGAAUUGGCCCCCCGCGCGCGUGCCCCUCCAGGUAACGCCUCGCUGUGUCUCCUAGAUGACCCAGGGGAGGGAGAGAGGAGGAAGAAGGCUCCCGCCCCGGGGGAAGACGGGAACACUGCCAACGCGCGGCCAGACAGCGCGGACGACACGGAGAUGGGAUUCAGCAACCGCUGCACGAAGCCGAAAGGUCCCCGGGACCCCCCCACGGAAUGGACAUGAUAGCGACAGAGACCACGCCCCCCUCCCCGCCUGGAGCAGACCUCCUUUUCCUUUAAGUGCCACUGUAUAUGGAGGACUAGACUGUACUCUUCACUCUCUCAAACACAGCCUCCCUGUUCCUACUAACACAACCUUUUAAAGCAAUGUAGAUAAUCUCCAUCAUGCAAUGGGUACAUAUUCUACUGUAUUUGUACUUUUUGCCAGGGGUUCUGUAUUCUGGUGCUAAUUACACUCUUUGCUGGGACCAUUAACAUGCCUUAUUCACUUAAAGGAUUACUGAUGGAUUUUUUUUUUUUAAUUCAAGAGAAACAACUUUCUUCCUCUGCUACAGUACUUUUAGACUUGUUUUAUCGCAAUACAGUAAGACACGUAUUAAUAGGGGCAGUGGACUACUGUUUUUUUUGUUUUUAUGUUUUUCUCCUAACUUCUUGAUCGCUAUAUAUGCAUUGUUUUAUUAAUGUACAGGGCAAGUAGGUAUAUAAUUUGACAAAUUUGCUGUCGCUAAGUAUUCUUAUUAACAGAAGAUGUAAGAAGUUUCUGCAUGAUCCGACACCCUUGUGUAACUUUUAUUGUAAAUUAUUUGCCCUCCUGUUUCUAGAUAAUAUUUCAGGGUUUUUAUUUUAUUUUAAUUUCUUUCCUUUUUUUUAAAAAAAAAAAGAAAAAAAAAAAGAAAACAAAAAGACAAAAUGGCUGGAACCACAGUCACCAGCCACUGAAAUGGCACGGGCUCAAGAUUGUAAUAAUACUUUUUUGUAAAUUUUAUUGUAAAGGUUAUUUUUCUAUGAUAUGCUGUUUUAUUCCUGGCCCUUACCUCUCGCCUUGGAGCCUGCCUGUGCCUUUUUGGAGAAUCUGCCCCUCGUUCCACCGCACACGCACACCACCGCGUCCGUGCCUCCGGAACCUCGCUCAACAAGCCCUCCCACACACACACACACACACACACACACACACACACACACCUGUUUGUAUGUUACAGAAAUCAAUUGACUUGUCAGUAAAAACGAAAAAUGAAAAACUUCAA